AAAAAAUCUUCAAACUUGGCUAAAAAGUGUUAAAAAUGGACGAAGACAUUGCCGAGGCACAAUGUGCUUCGGAGGGCUGUGCAAAUGUUCGGAAGAAUUUGGGAUUGCUUCUAAUGCAAAACAAGCAACGUGCAGCGGAAAUGCAGGAUUUCUCGAAAGUUCAAGCGGAAUGUGAGGUACUCCGUAUGAAGCUCGUCUCAACAGAUGCUGCAUAUCGGGAGUCUGUUCAACGUGAAGCCGAGGCGAUUAAUGCCAAAGAAAUUGCAGAAGCUUCCCUGAAACAGGGACAAUACGAUUCAGAAUUCUAUAAAAAGAAGUCCGCGAGUCUACAGGAGCAAGCUGAUGAUGCGGAGAAGCACAAAGAUCAAGCCAACUACUGGAGAAACAAGUAUGAUUCAGUUUGCGCAUUGACUGAACGGCUUGAAGCUAAUAAUAUUGAUAUUAAAUCAAAAUAUGAAUCAACUGUAAAGCUUCUGGAAACUGCUGGAAAACGAAUGACGUCACUUGAUAAUCAGGUUACAACUCUGAAAGCAGCGAAAAUUGAGAAUUCAUCAAAAACGAAGAAAUUGGAUAAAUAUCUGAAAUCUGUGAUUCAGGUUGUCGAUGCUUUAUCUUCAACAUCAAAUCUCUCAAAGCAAUCAAAAAGCAUCAAGGAUCUGGUAACAGUCUUCCGACGUGACGAUGUUCGUCUCUUUUUCAAUUCUCAACCAUGGAAGAACUCAUUGUCCACUUCAGAUCCUUCCAUCUCGGCCACAGAAGCUGAAGCUUCAGAAGAUCCUGAGCAUCUUGAUGACGUCAUCACAGAGCCAGCUCCACCAAUUGGAGAACAAACUCUCAGUGAUGAUGAAGAAGAAGAAGAAGAAGUUCCAGAAGAUGAAGCCGACGAUGAAGUUGAUCGUGAGAUCCGACAGCUCGAGAAUGAACUUCUACAGCGUGUCAAAGAGAAAACCGUUCGCCGCCCCGAUUUCACCGCAAAAAUGAUCGAAUUGAAGGCAAAAUCGCGUGCUCCACGGCUCGUGGAGACGAAAUUUGUGAAAAAAUGGCCAGAAGGGAUCCAUAAACCGACGGAAAAAGACUCAUUUGGGCUUCUAAACUCGACGAAAAUCCAUCGAAAUCAGUUUCCAACUUCAGAUUUUGAAACGAUUGCUCAGGCGACUGCGGAGAGAAAAAAGGCACUUUUAGGUGCUCAGGGAGCUGCAGGAGCAUCGGAGCCCGGCUCAUCAUCAUCAAUUCAUGGAAAAAAGGGAAAAACUGUACGAGAACUGCAGACAGAGAUGAUGAAAGGCGAAUCGGUGAAAGAGAAAGCUGCGAGAAUGAGAGCAGAAGCUUCUGCUGGAAGAUCACAGGCUCCAGGACCUGCUCCAGCUCCAGCGGCUUCAGAACUCCAAGAUCCUCCACAAGAUUUUGGAUUAUCAAUGUCGGAUCCGGGAUCAGAUUCAGAGACUGAAGAACAUCAGAAACAGGAGAAGCACAUUCCAGCUAUGGUGACUCGGAGAUCUGCGAGACUAUCCGCACUACCGGUUACACCAAAAAAAGCUUCAUCUUCUUCAAAAAUGCCGCCUCCACCAUCACCUUCACCUUCAACACCUGGAAGAAGAGGACGACGUCCAAGAACUCUAUCGACAAUGUCUAUGGAGCCUGCUGCUGCUGCUGUGACACCGGCGCCACGAGGACGACCGAGAAGUCGUUCGGCGGCAAAAGUUUCGGAGAAUACGGAGCCCCUCUCUGAAGCACCGUCAGCUCCUGUGAAGCGAGGCCGUGGCCGCCCAAGAAGUCGUUCGACAAUGUCAAUUACAGAAGAUUCGGAACCUUCCACAUCAUCAACCGCUGCGAAACGAUCAAAACGAGCAGAAUCCGAUGAAGAAGAGGAACAAGACUUGAAAUUAACGAAUAAAUCGCCUGAAAAACCCAAAAAACCAUCAAAAACCACCGAAGAAACCGUGGGCGAUGUACUGAAAAAACGUCUACGAGACACAGCUAAAACGACUGCUACAGUAAUCCACACACCGGGACCCCCGUUGAGAACACGAAAAAUGGAAAGAAUGAGAGCUCCGACAGCAGUGACGUCAUCGAAAAAGGAAAAGCCGAAGAAUGCUGGAAGUGCAGAUUCGAGCAUUAAUGAGGAGGAGCACGAGGAUGAGACGAUGAUUUUGGAGGAGCAAACCCUCGAUCUACCACAACAGACCUCCCAGCAGGAGCCGCGAAUUUCGUGUGGAAGUGAGCUGCUCGACGAGCAAUUUGAUGCUUCAGAAGAACAUUCUGGCACUGUGCCAAGUGCUCCAGAAUUGACUAAAAAUCCUGCUCCGCCAGUUCCAGAAGCUUCAGAAGCUUCAGCUGAGCCACCGAAAAUCGAUAUUCCGGAACAAGCCACGCCCAUUUUGGCUCUGGCUCUGGCUCUGCCCACUGUUUCCCCCACAGCUUUAGAGCCACCAAAAGCUCAGGAAAAUCCUACUGCCGAGCUGCCAACUACUUCAGAAAUUUCUGGAAGAGCUCCACAGGCUCUGCCUACUUCUAGCCAAACUCCGCCCACUUCUGGCUCGGCUGCUCCGCCUGUCGACGACUUGCUCAGCGAAAUUCUUUCCGGAGCAAAAACUACAAAAACUAGAAAAGCAGCGCCGCCAGCAGUUCAAAAGAGCAUUUCAUCUACCACGCAACAAGCUCCGCCUACUUCUGUCCAGGCUCCGCCUACUUCCUGCUCAGCUGCUCCGCCUGUCGAUGACUUGCUCAGUGAAAUUCUUUCUGGAGCAAAGACUACAAAAACUACAAAAACUACAAAAAUGCCACCAGUAGAUCAAAAGAAAAUUUCUUCAGAAGCUCCGCCCAUUUCUGACUCAGCCCCAACUUCUGUCCACCAACAAACUCCAAAAAGUCCGAAACAAAUUCUGAAUUCAAAAUAUGGAUUAGAUAUUAGUGAUAGUGAAGAUGAAGAAGAGGAAGAAGAAGAACGGGGGAUGGAAAUUGUCGAAGAAGAAGAAGAAGCUCCGCCCAUUUCUGACUCACUUCAAGCAUCGGAGCCAAGUUCUACGGCAACAGUGAAACCGGAAAAAGUUGUUGCAGUCGUCAAAAUAUUUUCGCCGGAAAUCGAUAGCACAAGUGUGGAGGCUCCACCUGAAGCCUCGGUGCCACCAAAAGCUCCGGCCGCCACAAAAAUCGAUAAUCAAUUGGCUGACCAACAAGCCUCGGAGCCCGAACCACCAAAAGCUCGAAAGUUGCCGAUUGCCAGGAAAAUUCCGCCGAAAAUUAAGAUUAGCUUGCCUGCUCCGUCCAGCUCAACAACUUCUGAUGAUGAUUUGAUGAGUGAUAUUCUUGCGGGGGCGAAGACUACAAAAACUACAAAACCUAAAGCUCCGCCCACGCGAGUAGCUCAAACCACGCGCACCAAGAAUUUGGCUCAAAAACGGAAGGCUUCACCACCCACUCCGGCUGGAACGACGGCUCCAAAACGGCAAUAUAUCAAAAAAUCGAUAGAUUCUGUUCUACCACCAUCUUCUUCUUCUUCUACGGAGCCCCCAAGUGCUCCUGAUUCUGCUUCUACUACGUCAUCAAUGAAAAAAGGUGGUGGAGCAAUUAUGAUUGAAGCAGUGCCGUGUCGUCCCGGUGGAAAAGCUAUCAAACGGGAACAAAAACCAAUUGGAAUGAAGGAAAUGAUGGUGCAAAAUGUGGAAAAAGGAGGGAAAAAAGUUAAUAAGAUCAAAACGCAUCUUCGUCAAGCAUUGGAUCUAAAAAUUCCAUUUGAAGAGCUUAAACGUCCAAUGGAAGAAAAAGGAAUUAAAUUAGGUGAUUCAAUUCCAUUAACACCAUCAGAUGCAGUUGAUGUAAUGAUGGAAUUUCUUCGAGAAACUUCUGCAGCCGAUAUGUGGGCGGUGCUUAAUCGACAGAGAAUUGAUGCAAAUUUAAAACCAUUAAUGAAUAAGGAAGAGGAGAACUUUUUACAAGUUUCUGUUACACUUAAUGAACACGAUCAACAGCUUUUGGAAGUUUUUAUUAGCCGUAUAAUCUUCGAACUAUGUGCUCGUGAAUCAAUUGGUUCAAAUGAGUGUGGCCGUCUAAUUCGCCUAUUCUGUCAUGCUGUUCGUUUCUCUGAAUCUGCCGAAAAUCCAGAUGACGUCACUUCACCAGUUUAUCAGAAGAAAUCCACGUGGAUUCGACGUCUUUUCCAGAUUCUUCUAUUGAAUCAUCCAAAUCAAAUUGGAAAAUCCACAUGCUAUAUUCUAAUGUCUGAUGUGGCAAAAUAUUGCCGAUUUUUAGUGGUGGAAGAGAUGGAUAAGGAUCAUAUGGGAUCGGAAUUCCAUUUAGCAUUCCGUGUAUUGAUGCAUAAGGAUUCGGAACAGGCAAGUGCCGUCAAUUGGUUGCUCAACGCAAAAUUCGACGUCGCCUACGUGGCCCCGCCCACUUCGAAUGACGUCACAGAAGCUUGUAUAAAUGCUCACAAACAAUGCAUUGAUGAUGAUGACGUCACACCUUCUUUGUUGAAAAAAUCGAUUUUUUUGGCGAAAACUGCGGCUCCCGAAGUGUUGAAUGUGGCUUUCGAUUUUUUGAGGCAAAAAAUGGAUUUAAUUGAAGAGCAAUUUUUGAAGCCGAAAGAAAUGGAAAAAGAACCAAAACGUAUCACCGCCUUCAGUGUGCCAACAGUCGUCACAAAAAUGACAAAAUCCGAAGCGGAAAUGCUCAAAAAAGAGUCGAAAUGGCAGAAAAAUGUGCUCCGAGUGAUGAUUGACAAUCCAUUUUCGUCGCAUUCCCACGCGAUUUUUGCAGCGUUGAAACAGAUCUCGCCACAGGUAUCACAAUUACGUGAAAUCAUCGAAUCAUCGGAAAUCAAUCAAUAUGUUGAAAUGACAGGAGAGGAUGCAAUCCGUGACGCAGUUCAAAAUCUCGUUGAUCUCAUUUCAAUUUAUACAAAUUUCCCAUUAAAACCAACAACUCUCCCUCCAUCCUCUUAAUCAUUCCCUUCCCCUGUUUUGUUUUAUUUGGUCGUCAUCCCGUUGAAAAUCCGUGUCAUUUUUCUGAGAAAAAAUUAUCUGAAAAUCGAUUUUUUGACUUUUUUUCUAAUUUUAAUCAUUUCUCUUUUAUUUUUAAUAGUUUUUUUUUUCAUUUAAUAUUACCGCCCCACGUGCCUUAAGCCCCCUUUUUCUCAGGGUUUUUUUGUUGUUACUUUCGCUAUUUCUGUAAAUUAUUCGAUGUUCAGGAAUACACGCUGUUUUGUUCCA